UGAGAGAGAAGGAAGGGUCUUUGAAGCACAUGAAAGUAUUCUAUGAUAAAAGGGGUAGAUAUGUAGUUUCGUUAACCAGAGGGCUUUUGCAAAUUUCUUAUCUUUUUGGUCCACAGGUGGUUUCUCUUCUGCUGCGGACUCUGCUCUCUGCUCUCUCUCUCUCUCGGUGAAAGACUCGAGUUUGAUAGUGGAAUUCUAACCUUGGAAACUCGUGGAGUAAGUGGGAUGACUGAUGAUUUUUUUUAACCUCGGAUGGCUGAUGAUCUGGUAGCUGAUAUUAGAUAUUGAGCUUGUUUUAUGAGAAAAAAACCCAAGAAUUUCAAAUUUGCUGCCAUGAAUACCGAAUAACAGCUACAACAGGCCGCCUUCUGGCAAGUGGGUUUUUAGUUCAGUUCCAAAAACUACUGUGCCCGAAAAGAUUCCUCAGUCAAGCUUUUUGACAGGGACGUGGCAGACUCUGCUGGUAGAUUAUUCUUCAAUGCAAGCAUCACAGCGGCACAGAAGUUCGGGCAUGUCCAGUGGAUUGUACUAUCAACCAGUUCGAGAAGUUGAGGCCUACUGCUUGCCUCAGUUUCGAGCAAUUGACCACCAGCUACACUCCAAUGAUGGGAGCCAAGGGACCCACUUCUUGGCUCAGAAUUCCUAUGAACGGUACUGCACUUUGGAGUCCUCAGCAAAGGGAAAUUAUGCUGUUUAUACUUCCCCAUCAACUGUCAGUUUCUCACCCAAUGGAAGCCCAAUGUCACAGCAAGAUUCUCAGUCAUGCCCUGCUGACCAGCUUCAUUCCCCUGACAAUACCUGUGGCUCUUCAAUAAGUGGAUCCUGCAUAACUGAUGAAGUAAAUGACUUCAAGCACAAACUGAAAGAACUGGAAACUGUAAUGAUGGGUCCUGAUUGCAAUUUUCUUGACAGCUAUGGUUGUACCUUCCAGAAUGGCACAAGCAAUACCUCACCAGCAAUGGACAGCUGGAGACAGAUAUUGGAGGCAAUUUCCAAUAGGGAUUUGAAUCAUAUUCUCAUUCUCUGUGCAAAAGCAGUAUCGGAUAAUGAUAUGUUAAUGGCACAAUGGUUGAUGGAUGAAUUACGUCAAAUGGUGUCGGUUACUGGUGAACCAAUCCAAAGAUUGGGAGCAUACAUGUUGGAAGGGCUUGUUGCACGGCUGGCCUCCUCAGGAAGUAACAUUUACCAAUCGUUGAAAUGUAAAGAACCAGCAAGUGCCGAGCUCCUCUCUUAUAUGCAUAUUCUUUAUGAGGUUUGCCCUUACUUUAAAUUUGGCUAUAUGUCUGCCAAUGGAGCCAUUGCAGAAGCCAUGAAGGAUGAAAACAGAGUUCACAUCAUUGAUUUCCAAAUUGCUCAGGGGAGUCAAUGGUUGACUUUAAUCCAGGCUUUUGCUGCUAGGCCUGGUGGACCACCCCACAUCCGCAUAACAGGUAUAGAUGAUUCCAUGUCAGCUUAUGCUCGUGGAGGAGGACUAAGUAUUGUGGGAAAGCGACUAUCUAACUUUGCAAAGUCCUUUAAGGUGCCAUUUGAGUUCCAUGCUGCAGCAAUGUCCGGUUGUCAGGUUCAGCUACGGAAUCUUGGGGUUCGAUCUGGGGAAGCUCUUGCUGUGAACUUCGCUUUCAUGCUACACCACAUGCCCGACGAGAGUGUCAGCACUCAGAAUCACCGGGACAGGAUACUGAGGUUGGUCAAGAGCCUGUCUCCAAAGGUGGUGACGCUUGUUGAGCAAGAAUCCAACACAAAUACUGCCGCAUUCUAUCCACGGUUCCUUGAAACACUGAACUACUACACAGCUAUGUUUGAGUCGAUCAAUGUGACUCUUCCUAGGCAGAGUAAGAAGCGGAUCAAUGUGGAGCAGCACUGCUUGGCAAGGGAGGUGGUUAAUAUAAUAGCUUGUGAGGGGCCUGAUAGGGUGGAACGGCAUGAGCUUCUUGGUAAGUGGAGGUCACGGUUCAAAAUGGCUGGAUUUACUCCAUACCCUUUAAGCUCCUUGGUGAAUGCCACCAUUAAAACGCUGUUGGAGAACUAUUGUGACAAAUAUAGGCUUGAAGAAAGAGAUGAAGCUCUUUAUCUUGGUUGGAUGAACAGAGAUUUGGUUGCUUCUUGUGCAUGGAAGUGAAAACUGGGCACCGGUAGAUGCCAUAUCUUAGGAUUGGAGCAAAAAGCGGAGGUAGAACAUGUAGUUUUGGUCCCUUUUUUUAUUUUGUAAGCUGCUGACAGUUAUGAAGAAGGUGCCUUCUUGUGUGUACCCAUUAUUAUAUAUCAACCUUGGCCAUUAAAAAAAAUACCUUGGCCAUUUUCAUCAAGACCAUUUCGAAGUCCUGAACUUUCUUGGUUGCGGGUUGAGAGAGAAACCAAUUUCCGGUGAGAUUGCGGGUCCCGGAUGGAAUGUACUUUGAGUAAUUUGACAUAAAUGUUAUAUUCCAAGAAAGUUUAAUGCUGGUUUUGGCAAAGUGUCUUCUGUGAUCCCGACUACUAUACUCUCUCUCUCUCGGGGUGGAUAAGGUGCACCGUGCAUGAUCUAGACACAAAACAAAUUGCCCUUACAUACACAAUGAGAAUGGUAGUGGGCAUACACGAUGAGAAUGGUAGUUUGCCCACACUUUUGCAUAUAACAACAUAACGGAUGGUAUUAGCCCGAUCAGUGUUGAUUUUUCUAUCGUAUUGCAGGAUCAUAGCCAUCUUCCAUGCAAGAAUAAGAUCUUAAUGAAUGGCACAUCAAGAUAUUCUAUAAUCCAGGAGGGGUAGCAAAAAAACACAAGGACAAAUAAAAAAGUGAUGACAUUGUUAACAAGAAAGUAGCUGAAACUGCUCUCAUAUAUUCGUGGAACUGGCUUUGGUCCAGUUCAUUAGAUGCUCAUCCCCAAGAAAAAAGUGGAAGGCAAGGAAAAAUGAAAGCUCCCUACUUGCCAUAUGCCGGUGCUGAUCAUGUCGAGAGACACCAUGACGAGAGCAUUUGUGACUUUCUGGAACCAGAGCUUCAUCAGUCAGCUUUGGGACAGGUCCUCAUAUCAAAAUUAAGGAAUAAGUUUCUAGGAUAGCAGACAUCGGCAUGAACUCAUAUCUGUGAGACUAUCCCACUAACGACCCCUCUCUCUCUGUAGG